AUGGUUUCUGAGCGUAUUCCUCAAUUCGUAGCAUUUAAGGGACCCAAUAACAAGUAUUUGGGGUAUUCCAAAAAUGGGGAAUAUAGUGGGCAUUUGAAAUUCUGUUAUGAUGAUCUGACGAGUCCAUUUGUGAAGCACGAGAUUGUGGAGGCAGGCAAUGGUUACGCCCACAUAAAAUGCUGUUACAACAACAGAUUCUGGGGGAACAGGGAAGACCUCGGCGGGAUCGUUGCCGGUGAACACUCGCCCAACCAUGAUCUGUCCAGCCAGUCUUGUACUCUCUUUGACUUGUCAUAUGAAGAUACAGCUUCCAACAAAGUGUCUCUCGGAUUGCUGCAAAACAAAUAUGUUGUUUACAAGGAGCAAGGCGGAGAUAGCGAGCUCGAGGGCUAUCUGUUCGCUGGUGAGGAUAAGGUACACAAGAAUGGGAGUUUUAAAAUGUACGAUGUGGGAUCUACCGUUAAGCUACCCAAGUUCGUGGCUUUCAAAGGUUCUAAUGGUCGGUUCCUGGGCCUUCACGAUGGGGUGAUGCAGUUCUACUCUUCCGAUCUGGGAGAUGAUUCUAUAAGGCAGCAAGUGGAGGACAUUGGCGAUGGAAAAGUGAAAAUAGUGAAUUUGGACGUCGAUUCCAAAAGGCAUUGGAUUGUUUAUGACAACUGGCUUAUGCUGGAUUAUGGUGGAUAUGAGCCCGCAGUCUUUCGCCCCAUUCAAAUAGAUGCUCAGAAGGUAGCUCUGAAAUGUGUAGAUCCUCCGAAGAUUUGCCGAUUGCUGACAGAUAGCCGCGGAAGAGAGUGUUUCGGCGCUACCGCCACUUCGCUGGAAGCAGCUACAUAUCUAACUGUUGUGGAGACCGUGUUCUCGCGUCGGGUGCAUUCUAUCAUAUAUGAUUUGAACAGCGCUCACAUUUAUGAUUUGGAGCCACUGGCUCUAGCGAAGGGCACCGCGGUCAACACGACAAGUCAGUCCGCCACUAUGGAGAUUGGUCUAGAAUACACUGAGAGAAGGAAAAAGAGUUGGAGCAACUCCAACUCGUUCCAGACGGGCGUCUCCACCAUAUUCGAUGCGGGAAUCCCAUUCGUAGGGAGUGUUGCAAUUCAAGUGUCUGUUGAAGAUACCUUCACUUGGGAGUGGGGAGGAGAAGAGGAACAGAGCACCACUAUACCUACAAAGUACACUGCGGUGGUGGAGCCAGGCAAAACUGUGGAGGUUGUUCUUCAGGCUACCCGGGGCAAAUGCGAUGUCAAAUUCUCCUACGUACAGGAAGACCUCCUUUCUACCGGUGAGAAAAUUACGACCAGUUGUGAGGAUGGCGUGUUCAAAGGCAUUAACUAUUUUGACAUCCGUUUUAUCUCCAAAGGAUUGUAG